AUGCGACCUACUCAGACCGACUGUUUGCAUUCGAUUCUUACCGAGAGUGCACGCACGAUCGAUAUAGAUCGCUCAACGUAUUCGUUUUCGAAUCAUUCGUUUAAAAAACGGGGUAGUUUUUAACAGUGUCGCAUUGUAGGGUUGGGACUUAUAAGAUAGUGUGGAACUCAGUGGCUCGUUUUAGUGGUUGUUCAUUAAUUCUGUGAGGACGUCUCAAGUUUGAGAAUUAGUUUUAAAAAUGGCGGACUUUACAUUCGCCAACGCGACGCAGGAGAAUGCCUUCUCAGAAAUGGUCAGUGACCAUUUGAAGGGUAUCGGCAGAAUGUUCUACAUCCAUUCCCCUAAAGAUACGAUGUUUGAACGCAAAGAGGACGUACCUAACUUUUUUAGACAAUCAUGGCCUUACUUCUUCCUAUUCAUGAUCCUGGAACACAUAGUCCUCAGGCUAGAGGGCAAGCCAGGCAUCAGGCUGAACGACGGUAUCACUAGUAUAUCUCACGGAAUCCUCCAAGAAUGUGGAAGGUUGGUCUGGCGUGGUGCGGAGUCGUUUUUGUACACAUGGAUCUAUGCGAACUUCAGACUUGUGGACCUGCCUUGGGACAGUGCUGUCACGUGGUAUGCUGCAGCGUUAGGAGUUGAUUUCUGUUACUACUGGAUGCAUAGAGCUUGCCAUGAGGUCCACAUACUAUGGGCACAACAUCAAGUCCACCAUACGUCUGAAGACUUCAACAUGGGUGUCGGCAUACGACAGUCUAUGCUGCAAGGAUGGUGUGGAUUUGCCUUCUACCUUCCUCUGGCGCUGGUGAUCCCUCCAGCUCAGUUCGUCAUGCACCACCAGUUCAGCUACUUGUACAUGUUCUGGAUCCACACUGAAGCCAUCAAGAGCUUGGGACCUUUGGAGUACAUCCUCAACACUCCUAGCCAUCACAGAGUUCAUCAUGGCAGCAACAAAUACUGUUUGGACGUGAACUACGGAGGAGUUCUCAUCAUCUGGGACCGUAUCUUCGGUACCUUCAGACCUGAGACUGACAAGAUUGAGAUCGUGUACGGUCUCAUCUACAACCAACCUUCUUUCAACCCACUGUACUUACAGGCGUUCUACAACAACUAUGUAAUGAAGAAGUUCCGUAGCAUGGACACCUGGGAGAACAAGAUCAAGGCCAUUGUCUGGGGUCCGAGCUGGGAGCCAGGCACCGCUCGCCUGGGAGAUGAGGACAUGAAAGUAGAUGUUGAAAACAGAGACAAAUACGACGUCAACCUACCGGCCUGGUGCAACCUGUAUCUGGUGGCUCAUUACGCCAUCGUGCUGUAUGGAUUCUUCGAACUCGCUUCCAAAUAUAUGGGUAUGACGCCAGUCUCCGUGCUGAUCUGUGUCUUCUAUGUCAUCGCUUCGCUCACCAUCAUCGGAAUGCUGUUCGAUAACUCCAAGCACGCUUCUCUCUUGGAAGUCAUCAGAUGCUCAGCUCUGGCUUUCCUCAUCAGAAGUGUCUCAGUCACCAGCCCAGCGUUGGCCACUGCCCUGCAAACCUUCUAUGUAGCCUCAGCUAUGUUCUGGUGCUUGAACAUUCUGAAGUUCUUAGAAAUCAAGAAGACGAAGAAGGUGGAAUAAAGUCUGAUGUUCACGACUGAUUUGCGGUUUGAAUGGAAGAAAGACUAUAGCGAUGCAGAUGGUGGGUGGUUCUAAAUGGGAGCUGGAUUUAAAAGCCAAGAUUUAGAAGAUAAGACUACAUUUGUUUUUAUAUACUGACCUAAGCCGGGAUUAGGAACCAUUUUAGAUAUUGAUGAGGAAGAUAAUCUUCUUCAUGUCUUUAAAGUUGAUAUUUGCUUGGCUUUUAAAACGUGGUUCCAUUUAUUUUCCAUCUAGAAGAGAAUGCUUGUGAUAUAGGAAAUAUUAUUUAAGUGCCUUUUAACGUACAAAUGAUGCAGCUAUGAAGCCUUGGCUGUAAGUAGUAAGAAGAAUAUAUAAUAGAACAAUACAUACAUUACUAGAUUGUAACAAUACGAGUAAGUCAUGUGGUCUAUAGGAGUGUAUGUAUGAUUCAUGUGGAUGACUCUUCUAUAGAAAUAGUUAAUUUCAAGGUAACAGAACUUCCUAGUACUACUAUUUUAAAAAUAAUUAAAUUUUACUAUUUCUUGAAAAUGCAUGAUAUGUGUCAGUGGUUAUUUCCAUUUUGGUUUAUUGAUAAAAAUCUAUACUAUUUCAAUGUUUGCUCUUAUAUUGAAAAACAAAUCGCUUCUAUGUUUCUAUUCUAAGUAAUGAAUAUUUUGUGUAAAUCAAAUGUAGUUUACGUCGAACUCAAAAGUCAUAUUCAUGAAUUAUAGAAUCAUUGAUUUCAUCAUAUUAUUUUAGUUACCUAGGUCAAUAUCUUCUAUAUAUUUUAGUGCCAAGAAAACAUUAACGUAUUCUACAACUGAUCACAUAAAUAGCAAGUAAAAUGAAUAUUUCAUUCAAAAAAUAUACUGUUGCCUAACUUUUUAUUCAAUUAUGAAAAUGUAAGUCUUCCGUAAGCACAUAAUUUUAAACAGACAGGUUUCUAAGAAGGUAUCGAAAAAACAACACUAUUAUUUCUUAGUACAAUUAUAUAAAAAUUUGAAUAAAUGUUAUAUUUUUGUGUAUAGCUAUAAUUUAGUAUAUAAAAUAAACACGUUUUUUAUAUUUUUACAAGAACACACCAAAUAAUUAGAAGUUAUAAGAUUAUUUUUAUACGUAGGUUAAUGAGUGUAUAGGUAAUUUGUAUGAAAAUGAUUAAUUGUAUGCAAUUGAUUGUUUUGAAGUCGCCUUAGCAUUUGAAUAGUUCGUAAAUUAUUGAUAUGUUAACUGAUGGAACUAUUGAUAACUUAUUUGUUACGAAUUUAUUGAAUAUAAGUUUAUUAGCAA